AAUUGAACACCAUUCCAUUUUCUAGGGCUCGUUGGACUUUGGAGAAGCAACAAUGGCGUCUUCGAUCGUGAGAUCAGGCUUCCUACUGGGCGCCGCCGCCUGCUCCCGCCGAGGAACGACCGCCGGACGACGGGGCUUCGCGUCCUCCGCUCACCAUGAUGAUGCUUAUGAGGCUGCAAAAUGGGAGAAGAUCACAUACCUAGGUAUCGCGACAUGCACGAUCCUUUCGAUCUAUAAUCUCUCCAAGGGUCAUCACCACUCCCCCGAUCCUCCGGCGUAUCCAUAUCUGCGCAUCCGCACCAAGGAAUUCCCAUGGGGUCCCGAUGGCCUUUUCGAGAUAAAGCAUCACUCUGAGGAUCAUCACUAGAGUAUUAUUUGUGGAUUUCUGGCUCAAUGUUUUUGUGUUACCUGUGACCUGUCUGAGCAAAUAAAAACUCAGAUGUUUAUGUUCGAGAGAUAUUUCUGUUCCCUGUUUUCCAUUGUAAAGACUUAAUAAUGUUCUUGAACCUUGCAUUUCCAAUUAAAAAUAUGCUUGAUGUGAUGUAGACAUUCAAAAUGCACUUAUCCUUUUUGCAUUUUUGCAUAUUCUCUACUACAAUGUACCCUUUGGUUAGAUGUUCAA